AUGGUUAAGGAGAUCAAGGUACUGCAGAACUAUAACCAAAUCUAUGAAAAGGUCGUUAAAAUCAAUGGCGUGCAUGUAAAAUCCUAUCUUGACACUGGGAGCCAAGUUAACGUACUUUCGAUCCACGUUUGUCAACUGCUUAACCUUGAAAUCACUCCAACUAGCAUUAUCCUCAAAGGAUUUACCGGUCAACACUUGAAAAGUCGUGGAAAAGUCAACUUCCAGAUGGAAAUCGAUGGAAUCGCGGUGGAAUGUGAAGCUCAUCUUACCGACGUGGAUAUGGGAAACAUCCACCUAUUAAUUGGACAACCAAUUAUAAACCAAGAUGGUAUAUGCCUAGUUGUCAGUAAUGGCAUUGCCACGCUCAAGCAGGACGACGAUUUUAUCAAGAUGAUAGAGGUUAUUGAGAAGCCAACACGUUUUAAGGUGGUCACAACAUGCAAAGAAACCAUACCACCCGGAUCUUCAAUAAUCAAGGUCGGCAUAAUCAACAACAAUGACGGCGACGACGUCGUCACUUCACCCCAACACUACGAAUUAGGAGGCACCUCGUAUUCCAUCCCUGCCACCCUCCUGCGGGGCUCAACCGGGUACCUGAAGGUCAUCAACAACGGCACCCAGAACAUCAACUGGCAGUCGAGCGAGGUGCUGACCAGGGCGGACAAAUGCGACGCGCCGCCACAAGCCAAUGCUCAGGAUAUAGUUAGAACUAAAAUAUCUGAAUUGUUGGAUGUCGGCAUCAUACGGGAGUCAGAAUCUUGUUUUGCUUCCCCCGUCAUUCUUGUCAAGAAGAAGAACGGCGACCAUAGGCUUUGUAUUGAUUAUCGGGCACUUAAUGCGAUAACAAUUAAAGAUAGGACGGCCGAAUGUUACGCCAUGCCAUCGCCAAGCCUACAGCGCCACCUGUGCCAGCCAAUCAGAGCGCGCAAGCCAAAGCCUAGCCAAGCCCUGCCACUCCACCUCGCCGACCAAGAGGGGAUAAGCCUUUAUAAGCCCGCGGAGCUCAUUUCAAAAGAUUGGAUCGCUGCUGUUAGCUUGUGCUCGGAAGCCUAA